AUGGAUACCUACGGGGUCGGCUAUAUGGCUCUGGAGGAGGCCGGCCCCGUGGGGAACAUGACUGUGGUAGACUCUCCUGGACAAGAGGUGCUAAACCAGCUUGACGUCAAGGCCUCCUCAGAAACAACCAGUGUGGAGGCUUCCAUAGAGAUGUCAUUACCUACCCCUUUUCCUGGAUAUGAGGAUUCUCUUGAUGAGAGGAGGCUCCUUCCAGAACAGGAAAGCCUCUCCAGACUGCAACAGCAAGAUCUUUCUUCAGAGAUGUCAAAGGUCCCAAAGCCUAGGGCCUCAAAGCCUGGCCCGAAGAGAGGUGGUAGGACACGGAAAGGCCCCAAAAGGCCCCAGCAGCCUAAUUCUCCAUCAGCCCCUCGGGUUCCUGGUCUCUUAGAUCAAUCCAACCCUCUGUCCACCCCCAUGCCUAAGAAACGAGGUCGAAAGUCCAAGGCAGAUCUGCUACUGCUGAAGUUGUCCAAAGGCCUAGAUCAGCCAGAGUCUCCACAUCCAAAGAUGCCCCCUGAGGACUUUGAGACCCCUCCUGGGGAACGACCCCGCCGAAGGGCUGCCCAAGUGGCACUUCUGUAUCUUCAGGAACUGGCGGAAGAGCUCUCAACAGCCCUGCCUGCUCCAGUGUCCUGUCCGGAGGGCCCCCAGGUGAGCAGCCCUACCCAACAGAAGAUAAUCCAGCCUCAGGCAGCCUGUCUCCAUGGAGAAGGGGAUAAUACCACACGGGAUGAAGACUUCGUUCUCCAGGUUGAGGCUGAAGAAGCAGAAGAAAGCGAGGCCCCAAGUGAGAACUCUUCUGACCCCGAACCUGCAGCACCCCGAAGCACUACCCGAGGAUCUACUCAGAAGCAGAAGCCCCACGUCCGGGGAAUGGCUCACAAUGGUUUACCAAAUCACAUCAUGGCCCCUGUUUGGAAGUGCCUUCAUCUCACCAAGGAUAUCCGAGAUCAGAAGCAUUCAUACUGGGAGUUUGCGGAAUGGAUUCCUUUAGCCUGGAAGUGGCGCUUGUUAUCUGAACUUGAGGCAGCUCCCUACCUGCCUCAGGAGGAGAAGUCCCCGCUGUUUUCUGUACAACGUGAAGGACUUCCUGAAGAUGGCACCCUCUACCGAAUAAACAGAUUUAGCUCUAUCACAGCACACCCAGAGCGCCUAGAUGUGUCUUUCUUCACGGGGGGCCCGCUCUGGGCUCUGGACUGGUGUCCCGUGCCAGAGGGGUCAGCAGCCUCGCAGUAUGUGGCUCUUUUCUCCAGCCCUGACAUGAAUGAGACACACUCACUGAGCCAGCUGUAUUCAGGCCCUGGGCUGCUCCAGCUCUGGGACCUGGGGACCUUGCAGCAAGAAAGCUGUCUUGGCAACAGAGCCCACUUUGUCUACGGGAUAGCUUGUGACCACGGCUGCAUCUGGGACCUCAAGUUCUGCCCCAGUGGAGCAUGGGAACUUCCAGGCACCCCUCGGAAGGCACCUCUCCUGCCCCGACUGGGUCUCCUGGCUCUUGCCUGCUCAGAUGGGAAGGUGCUGCUGUUCAGUCUGCCCCAUCCUGAGGCCCUGCUGGCUCAGCAGCCCCUAGAUGCAGUGAAGCCUGCCAUCUAUAAGGUUCAAUGUGUGGCAACCCUCCAGGUAGGGUCUAUGCAAGCUUCAGACCCCUCUGAGUGUGGUCAGUGCCUUAGCCUGGCUUGGAUGCCCACCCGGCCCCACCACCACCUGGCUGCUGGAUAUUACAAUGGCAUGGUGGUUUUAUGGAACCUUCCCACGAACUCACCCCUGCAGCGGAUACGGCUCUCUGAUGGCUCCUUGAAGCUCUACCCCUUCCAGUGUUUCCUAGCCCAUGACCAGGCUGUGCGUACUCUUCAGUGGUGCAAAGCUAACAGUCAUUUCCUAGCCUCUGCAGGGAGUGACCGGAAAAUCAAAUUCUGGGACCUUCGACGACCUUAUGAACCAAUAAAUUCUAUCAAGCGCUUCUUGAGUACAGAGCUGGCCUGGCUGCUCCCCUACAAUGGUGUCACUGUGGCUCAGGACAACUGCUAUGCCUCUUAUGGACUCUGUGGAAUUCACUACAUUGAUGCUGGUUACCUUGGUUUCAAGGCCUAUUUCACUGCUCCUCGAAAAGGCACUGUCUGGAGUCUUUCAGGAUCUGACUGGCUCGGGACAAUAGCCGCAGGAGAUAUAUCUGGAGAGCUCAUUGCAGCUAUAUUGCCUGAUAUGGCACUGAACCCAACAAAUGUCAAGCGACCUUUAGAUCGAAGAUUCCCUAUAUAUAAAGCAGAUCUGAUACCAUAUCAGGACAGUCCUGAAGGUCAAGACCACACUUCUGCUUCAUCUGGGGCCCCCAACCCUCCCAAGGCUCGAACUUACGCUGAAACGGUCAACCAUCACUACUUGCUGUUUCAAGACACAGAUUUGCGUUCGUUCCACGGUCUGCCCCACAGAGAACCGAUGCUGCGCAUGCAGGAGGGAGAGGGGCAAACACGGCUCUGCCUGGACCGGCUGCAGCUGGAAGCUAUUCACAAGGUACGUUUCAGUCCAAACCUGGACUCCUAUGGAUGGCUGGUCUCUGGAGGGCAGUCGGGGCUGGUUCGGAUCCAUUUUGUCCGUGGACUCACCUGUCCACUGGGCCACCGUAUGCAGCUUGAAAGCCGAGCCCAUUUCAGUGCUAUGUUCCAGCUGGCCUCCCCCUCUCCAGGGCCUGGCUUUCCUCCAACCAGCCAUUGCCUUCUGCCCGGUCCUUAG